GGGUGUGGUAUCAUCACCUCAUCACUGAAGAUCAUCUGAACCAUCUUUAGACAAGAAGACCUUUGAGACUGAGAAUGGAGCUGGCUUUGCUUGGAACUGUCUUCUUGCUUCUUGCUCUGGCUGCUAACCCGACCCUAGCGGCCACCAACGUUGGAGUAGGCUCCCCCUGUUCUGCUGCCGACACCUGCGUGACUGGCGCUGUCUGUGACAGAGUCUAUGCCAAGUGCUUGCUGACACAAGGCCAGGAGUGUUCAGGCGAAAAUGCAAACAACUGUGUGUCGGGUGCCUACUGCCUGACUACUUGUGAAUGUGAAGAUGACUAUACGGCUGUGUCCAAUCUCUGUGAACCUGCAAACUCUGGCACUGGAGACAUCAUCCGAAACUCUAAGCGCAACACUCAUAAAAAGAUGUGGAUGACUUGGUAGAGACUCCUACUGGGCAGACAGUCGCUGACAACAGGUGGAGACCCCGACAGCACUUUCCAGCUUUCUGUCCAUCGUCAUGCUGAUGACUCUGUACCCGCCAUGCUUUAGCAGUCAUCUACAUUAGAAAAAUAUUUGCCUAUAAAUAAUCAGUAAUUAUUAUAACAAGCUCUGUGCUAUAAAGAAAGAUCAGCCUGUGAUCAGAUGAAAGUGUUAGGGAGAAACAGAAAAAAUCACACAUCUGACUAGUCCGUGAUGUGUUUCAACUUGUCCAAACCUUGUUUGUUAUUUGAUUUCUGAGAAGCCAGUACUGGUUCUGAGAUGGACAUGGACUGAUUGCUUUUUGAAUGUGAGGACUCCAUGUGAUGUAUCCUCUUGACAACUACUACCACUGUAACGAGUGCUACAGUAAAGUCUUAUACAAGCAUUUUGCUCUAAUUCCUCGCCACUUUCAAUUAAAAACUAAAUUUCCCAUGGUGCACCUUGUUGUCUAACCGCGGCUAUUCGACAGUAUUUUCACUGGAUGUUUAGUGAAUUAGUGCAAAUUAUAAAUCAGAAUUAAAAUUUUAAAAAGCU